AUGGCGUUACCCACUUACACAUCACCCUUCAAUGAUGGGCCUGUAAAGCAGGCAGAUGAGCACCAGCAGCAACUCAAAUACUGGAUCGAACAUUUAGAUGGCAGCAACCCGGCUGAAUUUCUGUGUGACAAGCCACGGCCUAAUGUGUUGUCUGGAGAGGCAGAUGAGCAGGCAGUUACAAUUAGUGGUGUAUUGUAUAAUACUCUCCAGCAGUUUUGCAAAACACACAAAGUGACCCCCUUUGUUGUCCUUCUCGCCGCAUUUAGGGCAACACACUACCGCCUCACAGGCGCGGAGGAUGCGACAAUUGGCUCUCUAAUUGCAAAUCGAAACCGGCAGGAAUUAGAGAACCUUAUUGGAUUCUUUGUUAACCUACAAUGUAUCCGUAUUAAGGUUCAAGAGGAAUUAUUUGGAGAACUCGUGCAGCAGAUUCGAUCUACUACAGCGGCCGCGUACGCCAAUCAGGAUGUCCCCUUUGAGAGAAUCGUUGCGGAGCUAGGGUUGAAUACUAGGGACGUGUCUCGUAACCCGGUGGUCCAGACCGUAUUUGCCGUUCACUCUCAACGCAGCCUUGGCCAAUUUAGUUUGGAAGGCGUUGAGGCGGAACAGAUGCCUUUUGUAACAACUUCGAGAUUCGACCUCGAGUUUUACCUCUUCCAGGAAGAAGAUCAUCUUCGCGGGAGUAUUCUGUACGCAGUAGAGCUCUUUGAUCCACGAACAAUCAAUAGCAUAAUAUCGGUUUUCUAUAAGGUUCUGAAACACGGCCUCCAGGAGCCACAGACGCCGAUCACCUCCUUACUGUUGACCGACAGUAACCCAAGUCUAUGCGACAUGGGCCUUCCUAAGGUUGAGCGGACGAACUAUCCACGCGAGUCUAGUGUGGUCGACGUAUUUAAGCGCCAGGUUGGAGAUUCACCUAACACUGUGGCCGUCAAGGACUCCUCGACCCAGUUAACAUGGCUCAUGCAGCGAGGAUUAGUCGCGGAAACACUAAUUGGCGUACUUUCACCACGAUCGUGCCUGACGAUCAUAGCGUUUCUUGGGAUUCUAAAGGCAGGCCUAGCGUACCUACCAUUGGAUGUUAAUGCCCCAGGAGCCCGGAUUGAGGCUAUCAUAUCGUCUGUCGCAGGCCACAAGCUUGUCCUGCUUGGAAACGACGUGGCGGCCCCUGCGAUACAGGGAGCAGAUAUUGAAUUUGUUCCCAUUAUAGCCACCCUGCAUGAGCCAGCUCAGGCCGAACAACUCCCCCAAAGACCGUUAGUGGCCUCCACAGCGCCAUCAGCCACGAGCUUGGCGUACGUGAUGUUUACAUCAGGGUCGACAGGCAAGCCAAAGGGAGUUAUGGUCGAGCACCGCGGGGUCGUGCGCAUGGCCAGCGAGCUGUCGCGAAUAUGGGGAGCUGUGCCAAUAGCACACAUGGCGAACACUACUUUCGACGCAUCGACGUCAGAGAUCUAUACGGCGAUCUUAUAUGGUGGGACAGUAAUCUGCGUUGAUGCCAUGGCCGUAUUGGAUAGUGCUGGGCUGGGUAAUGUUUUCAAGAUGGAGGGUGUUCGGGUCGCUUCCUUCACUCCAGCCGUUUUAAAGCAGUGUCUUAUUGAUUCUCCAUCUACUAUCGGUGAACUCGACGUACUAUUUGUUAUGGGUGAUCGUUGUGAUCCGAAAGACACAUUUAAAGCACUAAGAUCAGUGAGGGGACAUGUUUUCAAUGCCUACGGCCCAAGUGAAAAUACUGUAAUUAGUACUCUCUACCGCAUGCUUCCCGAAGAGAGGUGUGUCAAUGGCGUGCCUAUUGGCCGCGCCGUUAGUAACUCCGGAGCCUAUGUCAUGGAUCCACAACAGCGUCUGGUCCCGGUUGGUGUGAUAGGGGAACUGGUCGUCACUGGAGACGGCGUGGCGAGAGGAUAUACCAACCCGGAAUGGGAUCACGGUCGAUUCGUCUGUGUAAUUAUCGACGGACAGUCAGUGAAGGCCUAUCGUACAGGGGACUACGUCCGAUGCCGCCCAGUCGAUGGCCAGCUUGAAUUCUUCGGGCGCAUGGACUAUCAGGUCAAGAUACGUGGCCACCGCAUUGAGCUACCAGAAGUUGAACAUGCCCUCCUUGCCUUUGAGGACGUGAGUGAUGCUGUGGUCUUGGCCCGAGAGCGUGAUGGCCAGGAUCUGGAGCUUAUUAGCUUCGUCACGGUCCGGAAGCCAGAGCGUAAUGAACCCAAUGGGUCGGGGCCCGUCGUGGAAUGCUUGUUACGUGGCAGACUAGAGGCUAUGCUGCCAUCCUAUAUGGUCCCUGCGGUGAUUCAGGUACUUGAAAAAAUGCCAGUCAAUGCUAAUGGGAAAGUCGAUCGCCGGGCGCUUGCGAAGAGUGCUAAGCUUGCCACUCCGAAUAAAGCAUUGUCUGCCCGCGUUCCUGCGCGGGAUGAGGUAGAGCGUGUUCUUUGUGAAGAGUUUGCAAGUGUUCUGGGGAUAGAGGUUGGCAUUACUGAUAACCUUUUCGAUCUUGGUGGCCAUUCUCUCAUGGCUGCACGACUUGCCACCCGGAUUAGCAGUCGCUUGAGGCACAAAAUCUAUAUAUUUGAUGUCCUGAAGUCGCCGACUCCAGCCAUGUUGAGUCACAUUAUCAGAACAAAAAGUACUGCAGAAAACCCAAAUUGCACCUCGAGAUAUCUAGAACCGCAUAUCCGGCCUCACAGUCGACUAACAAUUGUGUUGGUUCACGGCUUUUGGGGACAAGGCAGCAUAUUCUCCUCCCUGGUCCCUUCAUUAGAUGAUGCAUUUGAUGUUCUUCUUAUUCAUGAUCCUUUCUUCGACCAACCACAUCAUCCUGAAACAAUUACUGAAUGGGCGGAGAUUUACCUGAACGAUAUUGAGAAGCUCAUUCCUCCCCACCACGGACUAGUUCUCGGAGGCUACUCCUUUGGUGGAUUGAUCGCGUUCGAGAUGGCUUUACUUUGGCGAAAUCGGCAUGGCAACAAUCCUACCUCUCUCAUUUUAAUAGAUGCUGGAACUUACACGACAACUAAGCCAUCUACAAACACGAAUAGUGACGAGGUUAACUAUGCAUUACAAAUCUUUGGAGAAAGUCAGAAAGACUUGGUCUUGAAUCACUUUAACAAGGUCGCGCCGCUGCUGUGCAACGUGAACCGAUCGCCCAUAUAUCAAGGCGCCUGUCUUUACCUUGUCACACCCGAGACUAUGGCCGCAGGAGCGCUAGAAUGGUGGUCAGCACGUUGCUCGAAACUGGACACACAUCGCCUUAGUUGUACUCAUCAUACUGUUUUAGAUGAUGCCAUGGUCCGUUGUGUAGGUGAGCUGAUCAAUGAACAUUGCUACCAAGCUACCCAGCGUGUUACGUCCCCGACAAAGUCGCGGGUUUAG